UGACAAGAAAAUGGGUUCAUCCACCAGAGGCUCUGCUGAGAGGUCAUGUUGUCUACGUCGUCAAGUUCCUAGGUGGCGUGGAAGUGGACAGUCCGAAGGGCAUAGAGGUCGUUCGCGAAGCCGUCAUGAAAAUGAAGUUUAACAACCAGUUGAAGAGAAGCGAUGGCAAGGGUGAUUCCAAGCUAACAAAGGUCGAAUUCACAGUGUCUGUUGAUGGGCUGACUAUACAAGAUAUGAAAUCCAAGGUGGUGCUGCACCGAUACCCACUGCACAGGAUCAGCUACUGUGCAGAUGACAAGGCCGAGAAGAAGAUGUUCAUCUUCAUCGCCAAGGAAGACAUGUCGUCGCAGCACAAAUGCUUCGUGUUCGUCAGCGACAAGUCGGCGGAAGAGAUCACGUUGACUGUGGGACAGGCGUUUGAUCUGGCCUACAGAAAAUUCUUGGAAUCUUCCGGAAGCGACAUUGAGACAAAGAAGAACUACGUCGUUUUGCAGAAGAAGGUACAGCAACUAGAGAGAGAAAAUGAACAGCUUAGACAUCGACUGGUUGAGGUACAGCUACUCAAGGACAAGGGAGAGGUCGACAACUACAAGAUCCAAAAUAAUAUUAAUGACAUGGGACAGGUCUCAGAAGCCAUCUUGCCGCACAGCAAUGGAACGACAGCACCACCACCCAGCGCUCCACAGCCAUCGCCAACGCCACAGGUCGGCACCAAGCUAGAGAAUCUCAUGUUCGAUGAUAAUUUCAACCCGCCAGCUUCACCGGAUCACACAAAGCCGGCAAAUAACGGCACGACUGUACCCACACUUACACCACCACCUAGAGCAUCCAGGCCGCCACCAAAUCCACCUUCACAGCAGCAGCAAAAAUCGCCUGCCUCAAAAGACUUAUUCGGGAUGGAUUCGUUCGAGAAAGUGCCAUCGCCUACCACUCCGCCGCCGACGAAUCCGUUUGACACGAGCCGCGGGAUCAUGGUUACGCCCACAAAGAAGCUAGUCCCACAGAUGUCUAUUGACCUGGACACGGAGUUUGGGCGCAUUGACCAGCAAUACAGUGAGAUUCAGGAGGGAUUCAGCAAGGGACUUGCAGUAGGCAAUGAUGAUUUCCAGUUGCACGAAUUUGACCCCUUAAGCCAGUAACUUGCUCCCAAAGAUCAUACGAGGAAGGAGGACAAAAAACGUCGAGCAGGAUAAUAGAUGAUCAUUUGGCAUGAGUGUGAAGAAUAUGUGUGGCAGAAGGUGAAGCAACCACCUGCAACGAAGUACACAUUGAAAUUUACUACCACUCUGUAUGAAAAAUCCCCCACCAGUUUUAAAGCACCAUUACGGUUUUAUUCCGCGACGACCGUUUUAAGCAGAAUGAGUUAAUGAGGAAUUUUUCUUUGUUUGUCAACUUCUGGAUCUAACGCUACCUCACUAGUAGAGGUCGGUUGUUAACAUCCAAAAUACAGGCAGACGUUCGAUUUUAGCUAUAUUAGCUACGACUGUUCACUUUUAUUGUGUGAACUCUGUAGAUGGCGCUGCUGUUGUCAGCUGGUGCAGCAGAUGGUAAACCUUCUGCUGCAGGUACUGAACUUUGAAAGUGCUGUGAAUUAGUGACAAACGGAGAUCAUUUUACUAGUUAGCGACUCUUAUUAUGAAAGAUUUUUUGCCUCAGAUUGAUCACGCAUUCUUACAUGUUAGCGUAUGAUGUCAACUGCGCGGUUUCAUGUAGCAACAAUGUGCAUUUAAGGUAGCUAUAAUUUAUCUAUGCAAUUUUCACACCUGUUUAGUGCAGUCUAGAAAACUAUACUAUGUGUAUAGGUCGAGUCUCUUUAUACUAUCGUGAAUUGACGCGUUAAAUUUUAUUGACGCAGGUGCUUCGUUCCCGACUGAGUUUGUGUCAUGAUGUUGAUGAUGGUUGGGGGGAAAAUACUCGCUGUAAAUGCUCGUUGGCUGGCCCGUGGUGUCAGUGGUGCACGAAGGGUCGUUGUCGUAUAGGGUAGUACAAAUAUGUACCCGAGGUAACUAUCUGUUAUGGUUAGGGUUAGGGUUAGGGAGUAGGCGUAGGCAACAUACUCGCUGACACCUCGUGUACUACAUAUACGACAACGACCCCUUCCGCGUCAGUAGUGAUGGUGAACACGUCAGGCUGUGAUGCCUACGUCAUUUUCCUAUCACUAGGGUCCAGUUUUAACACACAUGAGUUUGAACUGCCAGAGCGCAAGUGAUAUCACGGCCAUCUUGAUGCUGAAAUGUCCUUCUGUGUUGCAAUUGGUGCAAAUGAAUUGGUUGCACGUGGCUAUGGGUUUAACAUGUGACAUUAUAUCAGAAUUUACAUUAGCAAUAAUUAUGGCAUCUCAGUCUAUUGGUUGAUCUAUUAUAAAAUAGGUAAUCAAAUGGCAACAUUGUAAAUUGUAUUAUCUAUCCGUGAUUUGAUUAGAGAAUCUCAUAAAAUGAUUACUAAAUCACUACAUGGAGAAUAUCUGCAUAAAUUAGAAUUGCUUUUUUUGCUUUUUUAAAUUACGAAUCAGUAAAAAUGCUGAACUUAUAUUCAACGUUAUCUGAAUAGUAUCUACGGAAAACGUUUAGUUUAUAAUUGCACAUCACGCUUCACAUUUUAUGUACAUGUUAUGACCAGCCUGAGCCUGAGGAAGUACGAGUUCUGUGUGUAUAUGUGGAUUGUAAGUAUCUCAUAGAGUUGUCAUAAAUAUCUUAUAAAGUUAUGUAAGUAGUUUAUUAACACAUAUGAAUGUUAUUCAUUACUUUUAUUUUAGUUUUUUCCUUGUUGUUUUUGCAAGCGUGAUGCAUUAGUUACUAAGCCAGUGUGUACCAACAAACAUUGA